AUAAACAAAGAUACACGUUUCUAAACGAGUAAGAAAUCAAGUUCAAUCCCAGAUUGCCCAUCAGCUGAGGCCUAUUGUGUUUGGGUGGCCAAUAGGAGAUGAGCUCAUUAAGACCUCCAGCCCUCAGCGUGGAUUGAUUAGCAAAACCUGGGCGAGGAGGCUGCAGUUGGAGGCCUGGACGCUGAGCUGCACUAUCAACUUCAUUAAUGGCCAUUUCACAGCGACACUACUGCUGCUCACAUUUCCAUACUGGACUCCUUUCGUGAAGGACUUAAGUCUCUAGCACAGCCAGCGGACCGAGCCAUCGCUUCAAGGCGCCACUAACUUUUCUGAGAGUUUUAUCUUGGUAUUAUGGACGUGUUUAACAACGUAGCUCUUUGAUAGCAGCUCGUUUUGUGUCUUCCUUCGUCGCUGGACUGUGUACGGGCCUUUUAGCAGUGAGGAGGAUGUGUGAUGUGUCUGAAAGCCCUGGGCCGGAGUGCAGUGAGCUGGUCCGGUCCGUGUGCCCGCCAGCCCCGGGCCCUGAGGCCCUGCACCUCCAGGAGCCCAGCCUGCUCUUCAACAGGGCCUCAUCUUUCAGCGGCCUCAGCCCUCCUCAGGCCCAGACUUUCUUCCCCUUCGCGGCUGUAGGGGGUGACUUCAGACCCGGCGAGGUGCAGGCGGGAGACUUCUCCCAGCACAAGCCGUGGUACCCCUUCCCGGGGCAUGAUUACCCGGGGCAGGUGGCGGGGGCCCAGCCUGUCAACCUCAGCCCCCCCAUCGCCGAGACCCGGGAGCAGAUCAGGAUGGCUGAAGUGAAGAUCGAGAAGGAGAUGAGGGGGGAGGAUUACGGGGAGGUCAAACUGCAACAGCCCCAGUUCCCUACCCCGGGGGCCUCGGGCCUCUACUAUCCCGCCCCGUGGCCCCCGUCCUUCUGGCACGGGCUGCCUCACGUCUCGGCGCCCUGCGCCACCGGCCAGGCUCUGCCGGCUGUCUCCGUGCCCUCCUCUACCCCGCCAUCCUCCACGUCCCCUUCGCUCUCUCCCUCUCCCCCCAGUAGCGCCUUCUACAGCGGGGCCUCGGCGCAGUUGGCGCCCGCCGCGCAUGCGCACAGCGCCGGCAGAAGCAGCGGCUCUUCCAGCGGGGGCUGCAGCGACUCCGAAGAAGAGGAGAACUUGACCACGGAGGAGUUGGAGCAGUUCGCCAAAGAGCUGAAACAUAAGCGCAUCACACUCGGUUUCACUCAGGCAGAUGUGGGACUGGCACUGGGGAACCUGUACGGGAAAAUGUUCAGUCAGACGACUAUCUGCCGUUUCGAAGCUCUUCAGCUCAGUUUCAAGAACAUGUGCAAGCUAAAGCCGCUGCUACAGAGAUGGCUGAAUGAAGCAGAGACAUCAGAAAACCCCCAGGAUAUGUACAAGAUUGAGAGGGUUUUUGUCGACACGAGAAAGAGAAAGAGGAGAACUAGUUUAGAGGGUUCAGUCCGCACUGCUCUCGAGUCGUACUUUAUGAAGUGUCCCAAGCCCAACACGCUGGAAAUCACGCAUAUAUCUGAUGACCUUGGCUUGGAGAGAGAUGUGGUCCGUGUCUGGUUCUGUAACCGCAGGCAGAAAGGCAAGCGUCUGGCUUUACCCUUGGAUGAUGAGACCUUAGAGGGUCAGUAUUAUGAACAAAGUCCAACACCACCUCCGCACAUGGGAGGCACACCCCUCUCUGGUCAGGCUUAUCUGGCACCCACUCACCCUGGGGGGGUGCCUACUUUGUACAUGCCACCAAUUCACCGGCCAGAUGUCUUCAAACAGGCCCUGCACCCUGGACUGGUGGGCCACCUUUCCAGCUAAGCUGACACUUCUAGCCUUUCCCUUUGUUCUGAUGACACCCUUGGGGGAGAAAUGGCUUGCUAAGGGAAGAGGACAUGACUUGAGUUGCUCCAAGCCAAGCUAUGGAUCAAACUAGCAUUUCCCACCCCCCCAUCUUUUUAAAAUGACUCUGCUUCUAACUUUUGUUGCUUUCCAAAAUGCAGUAUUGCAGAGCCUGCUUGAUUAGAAAUGAACAUGUGUCUGAGUCACUCAACAGGGAGGGUACUGGAAUCUAAAUUUAUCUAAUGAAAUGCAUUUGCACAAGUCAUGGUUUUGUUUUAAAGCAUGACUUUCAAAGUUGGUUUUAAUGUUUUCUUUUUCAUGUACCUUUUGUGUGUACAUUUUUUUUAUUUUUAUUAUAGUCCAAUAUUUUUGUUAAUGAUGAGAUAUCCAAAGUGACUUUUAACUAUUUGCCUGAUCAGUUGGGAGAAUUGUGGAAUUGGCAGCUAACUUGAGAAGAAUAUUAGUUGUUUGUCAAAGGUUUUUGCUCUGAAAGGGCAUCAAUUAGAGUUCCCUUCUGCCCCAUUAGCUCAGUUUAGUAAAUACUAGGUGGAAUUUCAACACUGUAUCCCCUUAAUCUGUUACUCCCAAUGGAUAUUUUGUGCCUUAUUUCACAACCUGAUACCUCCUUCUCUAUUCAACAUUGUAAAUGAAAACAAUUCUGAUAAUUUAUUAAUGUAUUGGUCAUUCUUUCCUGGCUUUUGAUAAGUUCAUACUACUACUACUACUACUAUACUACUACUACUACUACUACUACUAUGACUGCAAUUAAACCAGCUCCUUUG